AGACUGUACCAGUCAUCAGUGACUCUCCAAGACAGGCAGAUCUCUGAGCAGCCUUCAACAAUGGCAUCCUUCACAUCCUUCUCCAAACAGUCUUUCUCCGGUGGUGGAGGUGGUGGGCGUCAGUAUGCCCACAGUGUCCAUGGCGGCGGAGGAGGUGGCCUGAGAAUGUCUUCAUCCUCUCGCACCUUCAGCUCUGGAGGUGGUGGUGGAUUUGGCAUGGGUGGUGGUGGUGGAUAUGGCAUGGGAGGGGGUGGUGGAUUUGGCAUGGGUGGAGGUGGAGGUUUUGGUGGUGCACGUUUUUCGGCUGGCGGAUUCGAUGCUGGGUUUGGUGAUGACCUUCCAAUCAGUGCCAAUGAGAAACACACCAUGCAGAACCUAAACGACCGUCUGGCCACCUACCUGGACAAAGUACGCAAGCUAGAGAAUGCCAAUGCUGAACUGGAGCUCAAGAUCCGCCAAUUCUUGGAGGGUAAAACCUCUCCCACAGCACGAGACUACUCUGCAUUCUUUGCUACCAUCGCUGAAUUGCAGGGAAAGAUCCAGGAUGCCACAUGUGUCAAUGCUGGCAUUUACUUAGCACUUGACAAUGCAAAACUGGCAGUAGACGAUUUCAGAACAAAAUAUGAGAACGAGCUUGCCAUGCGCCAGUCAGUGGAGGCAGACAUCGCUGGCCUGAAGAGGAUGCUGGAUGAACUGACCUUGUGCAGAUCUGACCUUGAAAUGCAGAUUGAGGGUUUGAAGGAAGAGCUGAUCUUCCUCAAGAAGAACCACGAGGAGGAAAUGGCAGCAAUGAGGAGUCAAGUGGGUGGGCAGGUUAACGUGGAGGUGGACGCUAAACCUCAGAUGGACCUUACCGCCAUGAUGGAGGAAAUCCGUGAACAGUACGAAGGCAUAGCUGCCAAGAAUAAGAAAGACCUGGAAGCUUGGUUCAAUAGUAAAGCAGAACCACUGAAACAAGAAGUAGAAACAACUGAAGCAAUCAUACAAAGUUCUAAAACUGAAAUAAAUGAACUCCGAAACACACUUCAAGGCCUGCAAAUAGAGCUUCAGUCACAACUCAGCAUGAAAGCAGCUCUUGAGGGAACCUUAGCAGAGACAGAGGGGCGGUAUUCCAUGAAACUCCAGGGUAUGCAGAUGCAGGUGACAAAUCUGGAAGCUCAGCUCACAGAGCUGCGUGCUAGCAUAUCGGCACAGACCCAAGAGUACAACAUGCUGCUUGACAUCAAGACCAGGCUGGAGAUGGAAAUCGCAGAGUACAGACGGCUGCUGGAUGGAGAGGCAAGUGGUGGUGGUGGUGGCUCAAAGACCACAAUCGUUAGGUACACGGAGGAAACUGUGGACGGCAAAGUGACAAGCACAUAAAACAAGCACAUAAAACUGAAUCCAGUACUAGCAGCACAUGCAGCAAUAUGAAAUAAAGUUGAGUGCUGACUGUU